CCAAAGUAUCUCGAGACGCCGACGCCGCCAUUCCGCGCUCCUUUUUGCGGGCAGCGCGCGGCCGAAGAACCUCGGCGGGGUGAGGGAAGAGACCGAAACAACUUCGGGCGUUUCGUUUGGAAGACCUAAACUAGCAAAUGGCUCCGAGAGUUUCCCAGGAGUUUUUCGGCUUCGAGCUCAGUCGAGGCUAAAGAGGCAAAAAACAGUACGCGAGAUGGCGGUGGAAGAGAAAGUUUACGCUCCGAUUGGGUAGAAAUUAUUGAGCCCCGUUCUAGGGAGCGAAUGUACGUCAAUUUGACAACUGGAGAGUGUGGUUGGGAUCCACCAUCUAAUCUCAGAGUUCGGCAGUCUGAUGAAAACCAAUGGUGGGAACUUUUUGAUCAAAACAAUAAUCGUUUCUAUUAUUACAAUGCCAUCACUCAGCAGACUGUGUGGCACAGGCCUCAGGGUUGUGACAUUGUGCCACUAGCUCAGCUCCAAGCCAUGAAACGUAAUUCCCAGUCUGAUUUCAGGACAUCACAGCAUAGGAACAGUACAAGUAGUGAGGGACGAAAUACUCCUAUCCAGAUAGCUCUUCUUCAGGAUAAAGACAACAUCAGUCUCGAGAAGAGGCCAGAAACUGAAAGAGAUACCCUUACUGGUUGGCAGCCUUUGCCAGGGACUAAAGCAGCCAUGCUGGUCAAAGUUAAUAGCCUAAGAAAAGUAAAUUCUUCCUCAAGCAAUUCCUUUCAGCUGCAAAACAAUUCAGAAGUCAGCAGCCAGGAAUCAAUGAAUCCCAAAGCAGUUGUAUAUGCCCAGUCUCAGUCUAUGGUCCCAAACUCAUUAACUCCAAAAUCUACAGCUCCAGUAGAGAUGAAGCGUUCAAUGAAAAUUAAAAAGACAGAGAAUGGAGGAUUUUGUCUGGUACUAACUAAUGGGUAUACUCCUCAGCCUCCCUCAGGAAAUCAGUUACAAAAAUUGCCUGCAUCUCCCAAAUAUGCUUCUCCACCUCCAAUAUAUGAUGAACCAUCAAUUGACUCCCCAAUUUAUGAUGAGCCUCCUUCAGAUAUGGACAUUAGAAUUACAAAUAUGAAUGGGACAACUCCACAAUUGUCUCCAAGCAAUAGCUUAAAUAAGAAGAUGCAACCAAUUAAAUUAUUACAGCCUCCAAGUAUACAGCAACAUCAGGGUGGAAAAAAGCAUUUGAGAAACCCUUCUACAACAGAAUACACCCCUGUGGGAAAAGAAUAUAUUAAACACAUGGUCAACAUUGACCAGCCAUCUAAAAAAACUCAUUCUACCACUGUGAUAGUUGAUGGCAUUGAUAAAUCCCAGUUGGGUCAGCUUAGCUCUAGGGAGAGCUUCAAGCAGUCAUGGAAAGUCGUAGAAGCUAAUGUUCUUAAAAAUAUGGAAGUCCAUAAUCGCCAGCAGAGUAGUGUUCAGACUCAAUAUCCUACAGUGAUAAGUCAGCAAGACUCUGGAUAUUCGACAGGUCCUUCUCCAAGUUUAAGAAAGAGAAAAGGAAGACGACAUGUUCCAGGCCUGGGAAGACCUUGUUCUGUAGGCAGCAACAGUGAACUUACUGUGCUGAAUGACAAGCUUAUUGCAGAGAUGCGUGCAGUAGUGAAUAGAUCUGCUGCCUGCAGGGGGAGCAAAGGUAGUUUAGAUGCAGAAAUGCUAGACAACACAAGUAUGCUAGAGGGUAAUAAAAUUAAGUUUCAAUCAGACUACUUUAAAAAGUGUAAUAGCAGGAACUCAAGAGAUGAUCUUACAUCUAGUAACAGGUCAUUAUAUAGGCCUACAAUGGAGAGUAAAGGCCUUUCAAAUGAUCCAGCAAUACAGCAAGAUGUGGUGAGACAGAAGAGAACUUAUGAAAAAAUAGAUUCUUUAGAAAAGAAUGUGUCCGACCUGAUAAACCAAUCAUCAUCAGACACAGCACAAUUAUCAACACAGUGCGGAACAAUAGGGUCUCAUUCUCAAGAAGAGAAUAAUGUUCAAUCUGGAACCAACAUUGGAUAUCAGUUUCCCUUCCACACCAUACGAAAGCCCAUCUCCCAAAGCAGCAUGACUGACUGGGCUUCCAAAAAUCUUAAUAUGCAUACUCAGGGCAUCUUUCGUCGGAGGCUCUCCAUUGCCAACAUGUUAUCUUGGAAUGGUGGCUCCAUCAAAAAGCCAAUGCUUAUCACCAGUAACUAUACCAUCAAAAAGGAAGCCUGUGAAAUAUUUAAACUGAUACAAAUCUAUAUGGGUGACCGGCAAGCCAGAAUGGACCGCAAUAAUGUGGCUUUGAUGACCAUCACCAAAUGCUGGAGUAUUCAGGGUUUACGGGAUGAGCUGUACAUUCAACUAAUCAGACAAACAACAGACAAUAUGUGCUACCGAAGUCUGGCAUGGGGCUGGGAACUUAUGGCAAUUAGUCUGGCCUUUUUCUCCCCAUCACCCAAAUUCCAAUCUUACCUGGAAGGUUACAUCUAUCGUCACCUCAGCCAAAUCGCAGAUGAAAAUAUUACCCAACGCAUUAAGGAACUUCUGGAUCUGAAAAACAAAAAGAACUCAAAAUCCAGGAAAAAGAGAAAACAAAGCACAGAGGAUGAAGGUCUACCAAUCAGCACUUAUGCCAGGUAUUGUUACCGAAAGCUGCAAAAAGUAGCAAUCACUGGAGGCAAAAAAGGUCUUCGGAAGCCUACAGUUGAGGAGAUAAUACAUGCCAAGAAUGCUAUUGUGACACCUUCAUUGUUUGGCAGCUCACUGGAAGAAAUCAUGUCACGGCAGCAAGACAUGUAUCCAGAUAACAAGCUGCCUUGGGUACAAACACAGUUGUCUCAGCAAGUACUGCGACUCGGGGGAGAACAGACUGAGGGAAUAUUCAGAAUUCCUGGCGAUAUUGAUGAAGUCAAUGCUUUAAAACUACAGGUGGACCAGUGGAAGAUUCCUACCAACCUUAGUGAUCCUAAUAUACCAGCUUCUUUGCUAAAGUUGUGGUACCGGGAGUUGGAAGAGCCUGUCAUCCCACAACAAUUCUACAAGGACUGUGUCAGCAACUAUGAGAAUCCUGAUGCUGCAGUGGCUGUAGUUGAACUUCUGCCAGAACUCAAUAAAUUGGUCUUGUGUUACCUCAUCCACUUUUUACAGAUUUUUGCCCAGCCAAUCAAUGUAGGCAAAACCAAGAUGGAUGUAAACAACUUGGCUAUGGUGAUGGCUCCAAACUGCCUGCGAUGUCAGUCUGAUGACCCCAGAAUCAUCUUUGAAAAUACCCGCAAAGAGAUGUCUUUCUUGCGCAUGCUGAUUGUGCACUUGGACACCAGUUUUAUCAAAGGAAUUAUGUGAAGGAUUGUUUUCUGGCAAGACAGUGCAAAAAGAGCAAUUAGUUGGCUCCAGCAUUUCCUUUUUGGAGCCUCACAUUGUUUCCUCUAGAGCAGGGAUGUCCAAACUUGGCCCCUUGAAGAGUGGUGGACUUCAACUCCCAGAAUUCUCCAACUAGCAACUUGCUUAAAUUUAUAGCUCAUGCUGGCUGGGGAAUUCUGGGAGUUGAAGUCCACCACUCUCCAAAGGGCCAAGUUUGGACACCCCUGCUCUAGAGUUUCCAAGAUCCUUCAGUUCUUUGUGAUGCUUUCAUUUACUUAUGCUGACAGUAAGGUUGAUGAAUCUUCAUUAAUCCCCAAAUGAUUCAAGUCAGUGACCAUACUAGAAAGACCCAAAGGUGCUUUUCAAGAGGCAACUGGACUUCCUGUUUUUUCUUUGAAGACAUUUUGUUUCUCAGCUUCAGAGCUGAAGAAGAAGAAGCUUCUUGAAUGAGAAACGAAACUUCAAAGAAAAAAACAAAGUCCUCUUGAAAAAGCAACUUUGGGACAGCCAUGACCUGGAUGACUGAGAAUCUUCAUAGACAUACUAGAAGGAGUUUUGAGGCACCAGAGAGCAAAAUGUUACAUCAUGUUCUGGGCCAGUCCUAAGACCUGCAAUAUUUGUUUCUAGCAGUUUUGUGUAUUCAAAGCCCAAAUGUUAUAUUGCUUUGCACUUCACUGAGAAAUCUUAGUGGAAUUAAAAGUGGAAUUGUCUGUUGGAAAUAAAUUGUUUGCAGAUACUGGGAUUUGUCACCUGAAAAUUUAAUACUUCACUAGACAUGCCUCACUUCAGGUAAAAUUGUUACUUCAGGCUGCUUAAAGUACAUAUUCUGCCUGGUUCUGACAUUCAGAUUGCUGACUACUUUCUUCUCAACAGUUUCUUUGGUAUGUUUUCUGCCUUUUGAGGACAAUUCUUUUAUCAAAAAGAAUUUCUGAAGCAAUAGAUGGGCUGUAUCUUGUGAGACAGGAUGAUUUUUGCUAUGCCUGAGGGUACCUUACAAUUAAAGUUCCAAGCGUCAAUAUUGUCCAGAAACAAAAACACUCUUGAAUUGAAUUUUGCAAAACAGCAAGGAGGUGAAACUGUAUAUUUCCCUUGUUUUUCUUACAGUGAUUUGGGAAGAGACUUAAGUCUUAAGCCACUUUUAGCUUAAAUUUGCUCCUAUAUUGUUUGGAUUAGAUGAUUCAGACUCAAGAAACCCUUGAAUUUCUUUAAUUCAGAAUCACUGCAAUCUAAGUAACUUGGGGUUGGGAUUUCUCCAGAAUGGAGAUUUAUCCAGUAGGACAAAUUGCAAUAGUAUGGCCUCUUCUUCCUUAUUUCAGCAUAAACUAAAAUCAGGUACUGAGGUGCUAUAAAGCCUUUCAGAGCAAACAUGAAUAACUCCUUAAAGGCUCCUGCCAAUAUCAAGAUUUUGUGUUCUAUUUCCCAUUCAGCUUAUUCUAAGCAGAUAAAAUUAUCUUUUUAAACAUUGGAUUAAAGAAGGUGCAAGGUGGAAAGAUUUAAGUGAAUAGAAGGUGGAGGAUUGGAGAAAAUUAACUGUACUUCUCUUUAUUACUUUCUAAAUACCCUCAGUGUGCUGUUAAAUGCAGAAUGAAAUUGAGAAGGCCAAAUUAUAUCUGUCUUGUUUUCUCCCUGACCAGUAGCAAUUUCAGAAAUAUAAUUUGUGUUGUGACUAUAGUACAUAGAGGAAAAUAUAUGUUUCCCAGUUCUCCAGUUAAAAUCAAAUCCGUACUACCUUCCACAACUGCAUAUUAAAUAAAAAAAUAUUGAUAGCUCCAAAUACAAAUUUCUCACAUCAUGCAGUAUAACUAUUAAAUGGUAUAAUGGUGUCUUACUCUGGAUGUCAUUUUAUUCUUGCCUAAACGUUUCUGCCUUCUUCAGAAAGACUGCUGUUCUCUUUGUUCGUUCAGUCCCCAGGACACAUGCCGAAUAGGAGGAGGACUGGUGCUUCAGUUCUGCUUCUUUCUUUUGUUCUUAUACUGUAAACACACCCCUGAAUCUAAAGACUUUGGUGUUCCUUUAUGUCAUUUUGGAAGUGGGUGUAAUUCUUUCAUCAAACUUCUGGACAGAAUAACAGGCUUGAAUUACUUGUAAAGAAAGUGUGAAUGGUCAAGGAAAUAAUGUUAUGGAAAAACAAAAAUCAACUUAAUUCUUACAAGUUGUUGCUAAGAGUUCUUCCUUUGCCAGUAAGAAUGUGAUUUGUCCUAGACGUAUUAGUAUUUCCAAGUCACUGGUUAGUAUGAUCUAACUGGGUAAAGAAAUAUAUAUUUUCCUUCUAUUGCCAGAAAUUAUGAUACUUGUUAGAAGGUUCUAACACGUUAUUAAUGGAAUUAACAUUUACUGUUUCCUUUUUGAGUCACUUCUGCUGUAAAAUUAGAUCCUUUAAGAUGAUCUAUGUUGUAACGCCAAAGUUUUUGUUCACUCUUUACCUCAUAGUAUUUUUUGAGAUUUAGCUGCUUUUAAGGUAACAAAUCUGGAAAUAUUAAUUUCUAGAUUCAAAUAAGGCCAUCUUCUGAGAGUCUAUUAUGAGUUAUAUAUACAUCAGCAUAUGGAUAAUCCUGGAGUAAAGGCUAUAUUAUUUGUGGGCUCUUACAGAAAGAGUAAUGCAGCAUUUCUCACUCCAGGGAUCUUCCAAAUAUGUAGAUCUUAUUUCCCAGAAUUCUCUAAAUAGCACAACUGGCUAAAACCUCUGAGAGUUGAACUGUCAUAUUUCAGGGAUUUUUUUGGGGUGGGGGCAGAGAGAGACUGGAGUAAGGCAAUAUAUCACAUACCUAUUUCAACAAUGUUAUCAGGCAGACACAAGUGAUGCCCAUGGAUCUGUACCUAAUUGAUACUUUAAACCUAACUAAACUCAAAAUCCAGGCAUUGAUUAUGAUAUAUUUCUUGUCUUUCUGAAAGUUUCAUUUAAUGUAGUUGAUUAGCCUGAGAUUUCUGAGGCGUAAAGUGCUAUUCAAAUAGGCUUCUCUACCAGAAUUUGGCCAGUCCUCUUGAUAAAAUCAGAAAUGGGAUCUUAAUUCUAGGUAUAGAAUCCUAUUAAUUUGUACUUGGAGAAAGUCCCAUUAAACUCAGCUGGGAUUGACUUCUGCGUAAACAUGCAUGUGAUUGUUAAAAUAUUGGGUUAUAUCUAACAUAAUCCUAUUGUACACUACUGACAGAUCAAAUUCAGAAUUAUUUUUGCAGCUUCUAGGUGUCCUUCAGAUCAGUUUUAUAGGACAAGAAGACAAAUAGAAGCAAUUGCUGUUUGAAGAGAAAUACAUUCACACAUAACAGAUGUAGUCCAUCAUGUUUUUGAUAUUUCUCAGACUUGCCAAAAUGAGAGUUUCUUGAGCCUAUUUCUAUAACUAUGUAGGAGAUUCUGGAUUUCCUUAGACUGGUUCUGUUUGUGCUGUAAGUUUUCUAUUCUGCAUCUUUGUACAAUGGGAAAUAUUAACCAAUAUGCAAGGUGUCAUAUAUCUACCCUACUUUUUUAAAAUUUGUAUUUAUUAAUUUGUUUUAAAAUGUUCUCUGAUGCACACAUUUCCAGGUUUAAACACUGUUGACAACUAAAAUAUAAUGGGAAAUUGUUACAAUUAUAUCCCCCCAGCAUGUCACUACAAUCCAAUCAUAAAUUGACUGUUCUAUAAUAAUGUUUUGCCCUACUCCUUCUGGGCAGCAAAAUAGUUUAAAAAAUUACACUGGAUUUUUCCCAAUAUACUUGUAAAUGUGAAUCUGCAAAAUAUACUGUCUGUUAUUGUUAAAGAAUAAACAUUUUGGUCAAUACA